AUGGAUGAAAAAAUAAUACGAAAGAAAUUCUACAGCUCCAGCAAAAAAUACAACUAUAGAAAUACGAAACCUUACGGAAAGAUCGUAUUAACUUUGCAAAAUUGUCUUUUACCCGAAGAAAAGCUUAAUUCGACGCCGUCUCAUUUAGACGGUUUGGAUGCUGAAACCGAAACUGAUCUAAGGAUAUUAGGAUGCGAACGUAUACAAACAGCUAGUAUUUUGCUGAAACUACCGCAGGUUGCAAUGGCUACAGGACAAGUAAUAUUUCAACGAUUUUAUUACCUAAACUUAGUUAGACAUAAUAUGGAAACAACAAUGGGUUGUGUUUGUUUAGCUAGUAAAAUUGAAGAGGCACCUAGACGUAUCAGGGAUGUUAUUAAUGUAUUUAAUCAUAUAAAACAAGUUCUCCAGUCAAAAACCGAUACACCAGUGAUCCUUGAUCAAAAUUAUGUAGCUUUAAAGAAUCAAGUGAUUAUCGAGAGAAGAGUAUUGAAGGAAUUAGGCUUUUGUGUUCAUGUAAAACAUCCCCACAAAAUUAUUGUUAUGUAUUUACAAGUAUUAGGAUAUGAGAAAAAUCAUGCUCUAAUGCAACAAUGUUGGAAUUAUAUGAAUGAUUCCUUAAGAUCUGAUGUAUUCUUAAGACAUCAGCCUGAAACAGUCGCCUGUGCAUGCGUAUAUUUGGGAGCAAGACAACUUCAACUACCUUUGCCUACUUCACCUGCUUGGUUUUCCCUUUUUAAAGUUAACGAAGCGUCAAUUAGAGAUGUUUGUCGUCGUAUAUUACGACUAUAUUUUCGACCUCGUGUUAAACCAGAACAGUUAGAGAAACGCGUAGAAGAACUUCGCCGCCAAUACGAAGAAGCUAGAACGAAAGCAAGAGGGGGAGAUGUUGAUAGUCACACACCAAGUCCACCACUGCCUAAACAUCAUAAUGCGUGGGGCGGAUUUAUUAGCCGUAGCGGUACACACGCGGCACCCGAACGUACAAAGUCUCCUAGGCGCUCAAAGUCCCCAAGUACUUCACCAUCUAGGGGUGAAGGAACAAAACAUUCCAAGAGAAAGAAACAUAGUAGAAGCAGAUCUCGCAGUCAUAGUCAUGGACGUUCUCGGAAACCGAAGAAGGCUCAACGAAGGCGAUCUGGCAGCCAUAAAUCCUCCCGUAGUCGUUAUAGAUCGCGUAGUCGAUCUCGGGAUAGAGAUGUAGAAAAAUCAAGUAAACAUCGCAGCAAACACAGACGGCAUUGAGCUGUUCAAUGUAUAAAAUAUUGUUUAAAGCAUUACGAGUGGCACUGCAAUCACGUUAGCAGUUGGAUCCAUUUUAUAUAAUAUAAUAUGGGGCCUUUUUUACCUCUGUUAAUUAAUAUGCAACUUGAACAGGACAAUUCAUUUCUACUGUAUGAUACAUAUCUUGAGUUAUAAUAAUUUAAAAAUGAUAACAGUAGAUUUAAAACAAAUUAUUUCUAAAAACAUUAAGUCGAAAGUACCUCAAGAAAAGCGGUACAUUACCGAAAGAAAAAUAUUACAAAUAACGAUACUUAAGAAGGCGUGUAUUUAAUACAAAUACAACUUGAAAAUAAAGUUUUAUAUUCAUGUA